AUGGGAUCCGACCGGUCGUGUGUUUUGUCUGUGUUUCAGACCAUCCUCAAGCUCGUCAUCUUCGUGGCGAUUUUUGGGGCUGCCAUAUCAUCACGUUUGUUUGCAGUCAUCAAAUUUGAGUCUAUUAUCCAUGAAUUCGACCCCUGGUUCAAUUAUAGGGCUACCAAAUAUCUCGUCAACAAUUCGUUUUACAAGUUUUUGAACUGGUUUGACGACCGUACCUGGUACCCCCUCGGAAGGGUUACUGGAGGGACUUUAUAUCCUGGUUUGAUGACGACUAGUGCGUUCAUCUGGCACGCCCUGCGCAACUGGUUGGGCUUGCCCAUUGACAUCAGAAACGUUUGUGUGCUAUUUGCGCCACUAUUUUCUGGGGUCACCGCCUGGGCGACUUACGAAUUUACGAAAGAGAUUAAAGAUGCCAGCGCUGGGCUUUUGGCUGCUGGUUUUAUAGCCAUUGUCCCCGGUUAUAUAUCUAGAUCAGUGGCGGGGUCCUACGAUAAUGAGGCCAUUGCCAUUACACUAUUAAUGGUCACUUUCAUGUUUUGGAUUAAGGCCCAAAAGACUGGCUCUAUCAUGCACGCAACGUGUGCAGCUUUAUUCUACUUCUACAUGGUGUCGGCUUGGGGUGGAUACGUGUUCAUCACCAACUUGAUCCCACUCCAUGUCUUUUUGCUGAUUUUGAUGGGCAGAUAUUCGUCCAAACUGUAUUCUGCCUACACCACUUGGUACGCUAUUGGAACUGUUGCAUCCAUGCAGAUCCCAUUUGUCGGUUUCCUACCUAUCAGGUCUAACGACCACAUGGCCGCAUUGGGUGUUUUCGGUUUGAUUCAGAUUGUCGCCUUCGGUGACUUCGUGAAGGGCCAAAUCAGCACAGCUAAGUUUAAAGUCAUCAUGAUGGUUUCUCUGUUUUUGAUCUUGGUCCUUGGUGUGGUCGGACUUUCUGCCUUGACCUAUAUGGGGUUGAUUGCCCCUUGGACUGGUAGAUUUUAUUCGUUAUGGGAUACCAACUACGCAAAGAUCCACAUUCCUAUCAUUGCCUCCGUUUCCGAACAUCAACCCGUUUCGUGGCCCGCUUUCUUCUUUGAUACCCACUUUUUGAUCUGGCUAUUCCCCGCCGGUGUAUUCCUACUAUUCCUCGACUUGAAAGACGAGCACGUUUUUGUCAUCGCUUACUCCGUUCUGUGUUCGUACUUUGCCGGUGUUAUGGUUAGAUUGAUGUUGACUUUGACACCAGUCAUCUGUGUGUCCGCCGCCGUCGCAUUGUCCAAGAUAUUUGACAUCUACCUGGAUUUCAAGACAAGUGACCGCAAAUACGCCAUCAAACCUGCGGCACUACUGGCCAAAUUGAUUGUUUCCGGAUCAUUCAUCUUUUAUUUGUAUCUUUUCGUCUUCCAUUCUACUUGGGUAACAAGAACUGCAUACUCUUCUCCUUCUGUUGUUUUGCCAUCACAAACCCCAGAUGGUAAAUUGGCGUUGAUCGACGACUUCAGGGAAGCGUACUAUUGGUUAAGAAUGAACUCUGAUGAGGACAGUAAGGUUGCAGCGUGGUGGGAUUACGGUUACCAAAUUGGUGGCAUGGCAGACAGAACCACUUUAGUCGAUAACAACACGUGGAACAAUACUCACAUCGCCAUCGUUGGUAAAGCCAUGGCUUCCCCUGAAGAGAAAUCUUACGAAAUUCUAAAAGAGCAUGAUGUCGAUUAUGUCUUGGUCAUCUUUGGUGGUCUAAUUGGGUUUGGUGGUGAUGACAUCAACAAAUUCUUGUGGAUGAUCAGAAUUAGCGAGGGAAUCUGGCCAGAAGAGAUAAAAGAGCGUGAUUUCUAUACCGCAGAGGGAGAAUACAGAGUAGAUGCAAGGGCUUCUGAGACCAUGAGGAACUCGCUACUUUACAAGAUGUCCUACAAAGAUUUCCCACAAUUAUUCAAUGGUGGCCAAGCCACUGACAGAGUGCGUCAACAAAUGAUCACACCAUUAGACGUCCCACCAUUAGACUACUUCGACGAAGUUUUUACUUCCGAAAACUGGAUGGUUAGAAUAUAUCAAUUGAAGAAGGAUGAUGCCCAAGGUAGAACUUUGAGGGACGUUGGUGAGUUAACCAGGUCUUCUACGAAAACCAGAAGGUCCAUAAAGAGACCUGAAUUAGGCUUGAGAGUCUAA